AAUCAGUAUUCGGCCUCAUCCAAUCAGCCGCCCGUCGCCGUCCCCAUGCUGCACCGUGUCCACGCCCCGCUCCUGCGCCUUGCGCGCUCGUCCCGCGCCCUUCACAGCUCUGCCAUGCGCCUGAUGCCCGAGCACAUCGUCAAGGUGCCCUCCAUGGGCGACUCCAUCUCGGAGGGUACCGUCGUCGACCUCAAGAAGCAGAUUGGCCAGCACGUCGAGGUCGAUGAAGUCGUCAUGGUGCUCGAGACGGACAAGGUCUCGGUCGACGUCAUGAGCCCGGUUGCUGGCACGCUCGUCAAGCAGUUCGUCGAGCUCGACCAGGACGUCGAGGUUGGCCGUGACCUCUUUGUCAUUGACGGUGACGUCAAGGCCACGGUUGCCGCGUCGGCGCCGACACCGGCUGCUGCACCUGCUGCCGCGCCGGCUCCUGUCGUGGCGCCCGCCGCUGCCCCCGCCGCUGCCCGCCACCAUGAGGGUGCCCGUGUCCCGCGCAUCAAGUUUUUGGGCAAGCGGUCAUUGCUCGCCCACCCGGCGCCUACGUCCGCUGCGCCGUCGACGCUUGUCGUCGCGCCGUCGUCGAGCGCGGAUGUCCUGCCGUUUGGCAGCUUGCCCUCGCGGUUUGCUCGCAAGCCCAUUUCCAAGAAGGAGAUCCACGCGAUCAACACCGCGGCGUCCUUCCUGUAAAUCCCUCGCCGUGUCGUCGCCGUGGCUGCCGUCACCCCAGAAGCAGUGGCUAAGGAUGUCGCCACGCGCGUGU